GGUCCAGCGAGGGGGACCACACCGAGCAAUAUGACUAAAAAGAAGCGGGAGAAUCUUGGCGUUGCUCAGGAGAUUGAUGGGCUAGAGGAAAAGCUGUCUCAGUGUCGUAAGGACCUAGAGGCUGUGACCUCCCAGCUCUACCGGGCCGAGCUGAGUCCUGAGGACAGGAAGUCUCUGGAGAAGGAGAAAACCACCCUCAUGAACAGAGCCUCCAAGUAUGAGAAGGAGCUAAAGCUACUUCGACAAGAGAACCGGAAGAACAUGCUGCUGUCGGUGGCCAUCUUCAUAGUCUUCGCCCUGCUCUAUGCUCACUGGACUAUGUGAGUCAGACAUCUUCAGCCAAGCAGGUUCCCUUCCACUCUCUAAGGAGGGAAGGAGGGAGCAGCCUUUCAAGCUCACGACAGAGGUGGGGGGUCUUUCCCCUGUGGUUGCCCAGCAGCUGUAGCUGAAGGGCAUGGUACUGCUUCCUUCUAUUGCUUAGUAGAGAGACAAUAAAGAGCCCCAGGCUCUGCUGUCUAGUGAGUAAACACUUCCUGCUGACUAGGUGAGGGUCAACAAGGGAGGCUCUCUUGUCUCAAAGAUGAAGGGAUGUUCUAAAAUUCUUGUGUACAGUUCAGGAGGGAGGAGGGAGCAGCUGGGAGAGCAGGCACUGUGCCAUCUGCAGCUCCAGACUACUCUGGGCCUGUGAUCACCACUCAGAAAAUGCAGCAUGCACGGGAAAAGCUGACUUCAGGUGGAGGUUCCAGGGGCAUGAGGAAUGAUCUCCUCUUCCAGAGACAGGCAGGGCCUGGGAGGCCUGCAGGUGCUAGUGGCCAGCAAGAGCUAUGGCAAUGGCCAGACUGACAGGGUGACAACAGCCAGUGAGUAGAGCAGGACUGAGGAGGAGGCCAGUCAGGAACAGCUGAUGGGUUCUACCCUAGCUCCACUCACAGUAGAGGGCCCCAAGGGAGGAAGAAUGCUUGCUGCGGGUACAGCAAGUACACACAGUGCCAUCCUGGACACUCAGGAGCCCACCAAGUAAAAACAGGCUGUGAAACAUGAAGACAGAAUCCAGCUGGAGGCAGCCCACCAAAGUGUGUGAUGGUCAGGUGAAGGAAUUCUCACCAGGAGCUCAUGGAGACUCAGUGAGAAUCUCCUCAGUACAGAACGCGGCCUCUUGUGGAGGGAAGCUAGCCAGAGUCAGUAGAGAAUCCUUUCUACUGUCCCUCGUCUAGUGACAGUAUUUGGUCUGAAGCCUCCAAUAUGUUAGUCAAUGUUAGUCACACAGACUGAUCCUGGACUGUCACAGUACUGCCAUGGGGUCAGCUGUGUGGCUUACACAAGAGAAGGAAAGCGGCUCCCCACCCUCCUAGGGCAGUGGGCUCAUUCACCCCCCAGUCCCUGCUCUAAACAGGAACUGCACCUUGAUACCUUUGGGCUCCCUGCCUAGCAGGCAGGCAGCAGUCUUGGGAGCUGGAGAGGCUUGGAUUCUACAAACACUCCCCUUCCUCAACCACACAGCACUGUGGACAAUAGCAGCCUCGCACAGAGCCACACAAGCAAUAAAAAUAUGUUUAAUGAUCCAAGAUUCUGUAAGACACACUGAUAGACCCAGAAUUGGGUGGAAUAUGGCAUCCUAGCACUUGCUGCUGGCCUAAGGUUGGUGGAAGGGACCUCCCAUGGUGGAGUCAAUUCCAACCUCACAGGUGCCUCAGUGCCCUAUCUCCAUGGAAACCAGUCUGGCACUGGCAUGGGGCCCUAGGGAGCCUGCACUAACAGCUCUUGAGAGAGAUUUCCCAUUAGAGACAACCACAGGUGCCCUCCCCAACCCAAAGCUGUUGCCAUUCCUCCCCUUACAGAGACAGCAAUGGAGUGACUGACUAUAGAUAAAUCAAAGCAGGUCGGUGUGUACCUCCUACUGAGGAGGAAGGGGCAGCUAGAGCCACCUCGAGCUCAGAACUCUGCCAAGAGCCUCAGGUGGCCUGGACUUCGGGAGAGCUGCUGUUACCCCUACUUUCUGUUACUGCUGAGACAGAAAGAGAAAAGGGCAGGUUUUUAGGUUGCUCCUCCCCACUGGAGCUUCUCAGUGCUGAGAACACAAGAGGUGGAAACUUGAGGAGCAGGUACACGCAGUCCCUACAGCUCUGAUGUUUGAAGGAUAUGGGGUCCACACUCCUUCCCGACCUGCCAGGACAAACUCUUGGAUUGGGGUGGGG